AUGGUGGGAAAGGACGAGAUCAGUCAGAAUUCUGGGUUCUCACCAAACAUCACCCUGGGCUACAAUCUCUACGAGAACUACUCUGAUAAAAGAAUCACCUCUGACGCUGUGUUAGAUCUGCUUGCUGGUGGGAAAAGCAGUAUCCCCAGCUACCGCUGUGGGAAAUCAAAUCCUCUGCUUGCUGUUUUGGAACGAGCCGACUCUGAAAUCUCCAACCAGAUUGCCACUCUUCUGAGCAUCUACAAAACCCCACAGGUUAGUUAUGGACUGGCUUCUUUUCUUCUUGGUGAAAAAACUCAACUCCCCUUUUUUUACCAUAUGGUUCCAAAAGAAGAAACCCAGUACGAAGGGAUUGUCCGACUGCUCCUGCAUUUUGGAUGGACAUGGAUUGGCCUGUUUGCUCCCGAUAAUGCUAAUGGAGAAAGGUUCACUAGGGCAUUGACCUCCAUGCUGAUCCGGAAUGACGUGUGUGUUGCCUUCUCGAAACGAUAUUCCCGAAUGAUUUCCUACACAAGGACAUUCCAAAGUGUACCGACCACCCUGUGGAAGCAAGUCAACGUAUUCUUAUGUUAUGCAGACACAGACUUUGCUUUCGGUCCAAUUAUCCGCUUUCAUCAAAUCUUCAGCAGCAACUUCGAUUCAACAGUGGGAAAAGUCUGGGUCACGACAGUUGUGUGGGACAUCAAGUUGAUCUUGGCUUAUUUGCCUUUUUUAUUCCAGAACAUCCAAGGUUCCUUGUCCUUAGACAAGUCAAGCAGAAGGGCAACAUUUGACUCUUAUGAGCCACGUUCCUUCUUCCUGGAAAAGUUUUGGAAAGAAACAUCCUCCUGUUCCUACUCAAAGCUGGGUUUGUCGGUGAAAGAUUGGAGAAGAUGCAAGGAGAAAGGGAAUGUGGAGACCUUACCUCCCCAGGAGCUUGAAAGAGUCCUGUCCCAAGACAGAUACACCAUUUACAACACCAUUAAAUUUGUGGUACAGGGUUUACAGGUUGCCCUUAUGUCCAGAUCCAGAAGGAACCCAGGGUCAAGUGAAAACAGGUUGGACACUUCCAAGUUGCAACCAUGGCAGAUGACACCUUAUUCCAGGUGCACCAAAAGCUGUAGGGCUGGCUACGCCAAGGCAGCUCGAAAGGGGCAGCCUAUCUGUUGCUAUGAUUGUGUCCCCUGCCCAGGAGGGACCAUUUCCACUCAGGAAGAUGCAGAUCUUUGCAUCCUGUGUGGGGACUAUCAGCAUCCAAACAAGGCUCAAGAUCACUGUGUUCCCAAGAUUAUAUCUUUUCUCUCUUAUGAUGAAAAUUUAGGAAUCAUCCUUGCUUCCUUUGCAUGGUUCUUGUCCUUAGUCACAGGAUUUGUGUUGGGAAUUUUCAUUAAAUUCCUAGAAACCCCCAUCAUCAAAGCCAACAGCCGGGACCUCUCUUAUGUCCUCCUUGUCUCUCUUCUGCUUUCUUUCUUGUCCUCUUUCCUCUUCAUUGGCAAGCCGAGCAAAGCCACCUGUCUCCUCCGCCAGACAGCCUUCAGCAUCAUCUUCUCAAUUGCUGUCUCUUCUGUCUUGGCCAAAACAAUCACGGUGGUGAUGGCCUUCUUGGCCACAAGGCCAGGGAAUCAGGUAAGGAGAUGGCUGGGGAAGAGCUUCACCAACAGUCUCAUUCUUCUCUGUUCUAGUGUCCAAAUUCUUCUCUGCUCCUCUUGGUUAGGGCUACAGCCGGACUCUGAUAAGAACUCUCAGCCAGGAGAAAUCCUCCUGCUGUGCAAUGAAGGCUCUCUUGCCAUGUUCUAUGCGGAUGACAAGGAUCAGGACAAAAAUCUGGAAAAAGUAACUCUUGGGCCCGGUGAAACCAAGAGUUCACCUUUGGCAUGA